UCUUAUAUUAAUAAAAACAGUCGAUAAUGUCAUUCUUCAAUACGGGCACCAUAACCUUGGAAUUGUUGAUCAGCUGAUUUAUACUUCAAAAAGGCGAAUGGAAUUUUCAAAUUGUCAAAUCAUAUUGGAAUAUAUGCGAUCAUACUUGGAAUAUACGUGAUCAAAAAUUGCUAUAUAAAUAAAAUAAAAGAUUAAAAAUUCAUGUCUGCCACGAUGACCACUUGCGUUAAUCGCUUUGCUUUCCACAUGUGCAAGCGCAAUAAAGGGAUCGGUAGCUAUCAAAGUUGUGCAAUUAGACACAAUUCCAAUCAAGUUGGCGGCAAGAUACUAGAACGUUUGAACGAUAGAAGCAUAUUGCGUGUAAGCGGAAACGAGGCCUCCACUUUCCUACAGGGAUUAAUCACAAACGAUAUGAAGCAUCUCGUGGAGGGAACAUCUAAUAUUUACACUUUGUUUUUAAACAUUAGAGGCAGAGUAAUGUACGAUGCCAUAGUGUAUAAGACCGAAGAAAGUAAUAUGUAUUAUAUAGAAUGCGACCUGCAAGUUGUUGAAUCUUUACAGAGACACUUGCAAAUGUAUCGUAUAAGACGAAAAGUAGAUAUAAAACACAUAGGCGAUAAAAUCAAUGUCUGGUCAAUGUUUGAUUCGACUAAACGCUAUGAUAAUAGACCCGCAGUGGAUGAAAAUGGAAAGCGUCAAUUGGAAGGAAUGAUAUUUCCAUGUGGCACGCUAAAUAGUAAAGCCAGCAAGUUCAUCGACAAUAUUAUGAUAUACGAAGAUCCAAGAUUGCCCGAUUUAGGUCUCAGGAUUUUAGCCGAAUCGCAGAUCGACAAACGUGAAAUAACAAAACAUUUAGAUUCCGAUGUAUUUUUAUCUGAGAAUGUCGCGAACUACAAAGCAUUUCGUUAUAAAUUGGGAAUAGGAGAAGGUGUACAUGAUCUACCACCAGGAAAGGCACUGCCUUUGGAGAUCAAUUGUGACUAUUUGCACGGCGUUAGUUUUCACAAAGGUUGUUAUGUCGGUCAGGAAUUAACUGCGCGGACAUAUCAUACAGGCGUGGUCAGAAAGCGCUUGAUGCCCUUAAUGUUUGAUAGUAUCGUGGACAAACCGCUCGCAUAUGACGAGAAGAUUCUCGAUGAAUCGGACAAUGUGGUAGGAAAAUUUCGGGGAUAUAUCGAUAAAUAUGGAUUAGGUUUAAUGCGGAUUAAUGAAUCCCUCAGUGCUCGGCGGCUUAAUGUAUUGGGUAUAAAUUUAAAAGUUGUCAAACCCACGUGGUGGCCUCAAGAAAUUCAGAAAACAGAAACAGUUUCUGCUAAAGAUACAAAGUAGCUAUUCAGUAUCUAGUUGACAUUGUAUAAUAUAUUAAUAAAUUGAUAAUCGAUAUUGAUAGAAAAUUGUGAUAUAUGUACGUGAUAUGUAAAAAUUCUAUGCGCAUAAAAUAAAUUUG